CUCCAUAUUCUGUUCUGCGGAACUGCAGUCCAGACGAACCACUCAUUCGCAUACCAACCCCGUCACCGCUCCUGGCAUGUCCGUCUCAAGCGCUCCAGGCGGUCGUCGCCACACCAUUGACGAGUCCGCGCUCGGCGUGACCUCCGUCCUUGCGAAACGCAAUGAGCAUGCCGUAGUGGACCACGAGCUAGACGAAGACGAGAAAAUCUUGGUCGCGUUGGGCUACAAGCAAGAGUUCAAGCGAGACUUCAGCAUCUGGACUUGCUUCAGCGUCAGCUUCUCCAUCCUUGGGAUUCUACCGUCGAUCGCGAGUACGCUGGCGUACAACCUAGCGUACUCUGGCCCCGCGGGGAGCAUCUGGGGAUGGAUCGUGGCGAGUGUGCUUAUCCAGUUCGUGGCGCUGUCGAUGGCGGAGUUGUGCAGUAGCAUGCCUACCGCGGGUGGACUGUAUUAUGCGAGCGCAGUGCUGGCCCCGGAAGGCUGGGGACCCUUUGCAGCGUGGGUGACGGGUUGGUCGAACUUCCUGGGCCAACUGACCGGUCCGGUCUCUGUCGGGUACGCUCUGUCGUACAUGAUCUUGACCGCGGCCGCCAUUGGCAACCCAGACUACGUGAUCCAGACAUGGCAUAUCUACCUCACACUGCUCCUGGUUCUCAUCGUCUCUGGGCUGAUCACCAUGCAAUCUACCAAGAUCAUCGGCUACAUUAAUGUGGUCGGUGUCUGGGUGAAUCUCGUUGCGCUGAUCAUCUUCGUCAUAUGGAUGCCCGUCGGGUCCGUCAACACCCCGAAAACAAACCCAAACUGGAGGGUGUGGACGGCAGCGGGUAUUGAGAACGGGACAGAAUGGCCCACCGGCUUUGCCUUCAUUAUGGGCUUCCUGAGCGUCAUCUGGACCAUGUCAGGUUACGAUGCGCCAUUCCACCUGUCCGAAGAGUGCAGCAAUGCUAAUGUCGCUGCACCGCGCGCUAUCGUUAUGACCUCCCAACUUGGCUUCUAUCUCGGCUUUCCCGUCAUCAUUGCCAUCGCAUACACGGUGACCAGUGUCGAGGAUGUUGUCGCCAGCGAACUGGGUCAGCCAUUCGGUGCAUUAUGCCUGCAAGUAUUGGGCACGAAAGCCGGCCUGGCAAUGUUCGCCAUCAACAUGGUAGCGCAGUGGGCCGUAGAGCUAGGCUGUAUCAUCGCCGGCAGCCGCGUCAUCUAUGCCUACUCCCGGGAUGACGCGCUUCCGGGCAGUCGGUGGUGGAAGCAGGUUAACAAGCACACCAUGACCCCGGUCAAUGCCCUCUGGUUCGACCUGAGCAUAAAUGCCCUGCUCGGCCUACUCAUGUUCGCAUCGCCCGUGGCAAUCGGCGCGGUCUUCUCUAUUGGCGCAAUUGCCCAGUACACAGCCUUCACGAUCCCCAUAGCCCUGCGGUUGACAGCGGCGAGCAACAAGUUCCGGCCUGGUCCGUGGAACCUCGGUCGUUGGUCAAAGCCAUGCGGGUACAUUGCCUGCACGUGGGUGGUAUUCAUCAUCCCAGUUUUGUGUUUCCCAUCGGUCAAGGGUGGCGAUCUUAACGAUCUCACCAUGAAUUAUACAUGCCUAAUCUACGGCGGCGUCAUGUUGUUCGCCUUGCUUUGGUACGCUAUUGAUGCACGGAAAUGGUUCAAGGGACCCAAAAUCAACGUCGAGCACAUCAUCCACGGUCAAGAUGUUGAUGAUCGAGAGGAUAUGGUUAGGAAUACGACCAUGCCACAGAAGGAGUACUAGAACACAGGACUACUCGGGUGUGUCACCCGACGAGCAUCAGCGCGCCGAGCAGGGUAACCAUCCAAAGUGAAGAUGUACAAAGCUACAAUACCAAUGGCAAUGAUGCGCUGGUCUAAACUAGUUUCUAAUUUCGCCAACAGCGAAAUGGUCCGUCAUGGCAGAACAACCAGUCUCCAAGGCAUAACCGGGGUGUAGAGUCUACAUCGUAUGUUGUCCAUGACCAUGCGCACUGUGUGGAAGUGGAUCCUCACAAGAGUCAGUCCGUCUGGUGGCAUGAGGUCAUAGUGGUCGACCUGUUUCCUGUGCGGCUGAUUCUAUAGAUUCGACCUGAGAUAGCAGUCUGCUCCUCA